AUGUCCCCCCCUUCCCCAACCCUAACCUUCAACUUCGACAUAUCCUGCCCUUUCGCUUACAUUGCCUCAACCCGAGUCCGCGCUCUCGCCACACGCACAAACACUACUCUAACCCUCCGCCCCGUCCUGCUAGGCGCCAUAUACCGUUCAACAGCCGCGCCCCAAGGCGCAGCCGGCUCUGCAUCCGAUGUCUUCAACUCCACCAAGAAGCGUGUGACUGCCGCAUCCAUGGGGCGCACAUUGCGCCGGUACGGCGUAGGAUUCAAGCAGCCUGCAGCGCAUCCGAUGAAGAGCGUCAACGCGUUACGCAUGUUGUACUGCGUUCGCGACGAUGGGGACCGGGAAAAACUGAUGCACGGGUUUUUCAAUGGGUAUUGGGUUUCCGGGCGUGACAUGACCGAUCCCUCCGUCCUGGUAUCCAUAGCGAAAGAAUGCGGGAUUGGCGGUUUGGAUGAAGCAUGUUUUGCGAAUCUAGCUGCGCGGAAAGAAUUGGAAAGUGCUACAGCAGAAGCGAUUGAGCGCGGCGCAUUUGGCGUGCCGGGCUUUUGGAUUCCAGAGGCGGAUGGGGGCAAGGGAAGGUUUUUCUGGGGUCAGGAUCGGAUGCAUUUCGUUGAAGCCACGCUACUGAGCCUAAAGAAGGGAGAGAAAGGGUGGGCGAGUGUACCGGGUUUGCAGAGUUUGAUGCCGCGCUGUAUCCCUCUGCUCGAUUCCCCGACUCAAUUGAAGCACAAGACGAAACUGGAGUUUUGGUUCGAUUUCAGCUCGCCCUGGGCGUUUCUCGGGUACACGCAACUCGCGCGCCUCCAACGCCAGUUCCCUGGUCUGGAAAUCGAGCUGAAGCCAUUCCUCCUGGGCAUCUUGUUCCGCGAAAUUGGCGCGCCGAAUAUGCCUAUGCUAGCUACAUCCGAGGCAAAAAGAGAGUGGUCGAGGCAGGACCAUGUGGAUUGGACGGCGUGGUGGAACGCCGUAAAUGCUCAAGGGGGAACUGGAGCUGCGCGAAUUGACUUCAAUUGGGCGAGUGUAUUUCCAAUUCGGACGCCUACUGUGUUGAGGGUUGGGAUUGUGGAGCCGAGGAGUGUGCCGCUGCUAUACUCGGCGUGCUGGGAGAAGGAUGAGAAUGUAUCCGAUGAGAAGGUCCUAGCAGAUGUGCUUACAAAAGGUGGCUUCGAUGGCGCUGAUCUUAUCGCGAGAGCCAAUGAUCUUGGAGUCAAAGCAAAACUUCGCGAGCUGACUGCUGCGGCCAAAGAACAGGGCAUCUGUGGCGUGCCAACAUAUCAAGUCCUGCGGCAAGAUGCUGGUGGCAACUGGAAGAAUGUUGGCGGAUUGGUAUGGGGUCAAGACGAAACAAAUGUGGUCGAAGACCUAAUCGCUGGAUGGGACCCGGAGAGCUCAAAUGCGAUCGCGGAGCCUAGAAAGGGCGACAAAGGAACUUCGAGAGCCGAAGCCAAACUCUAG